AUGAGGACCUCUUAUCUGGCCGUAGCCACCGCCUUGGUUACACUCACUUGGGCCGCCGUCGCCCCCACGCAGCAGUGUCGCUGCUUGCCUGGUGAUGCGUGCUGGCCGUCGACUGCCUCUUGGGAGGCACUGAACGCCACCGUCAGUGGACGUCUGGUCGCGACCGCCCCCAUUGGCUCGCCCUGCCAUGAUCCCACCUACGACGCCGCCGCCUGCGAGGCGUUGCAGUCAUCCUGGUCGAACCCCUUGACCCACAUCCCCUCUUCCUCGUCUGUGAUGCAGUCGUACUUUGCCAACCAGUCCUGCGACCCCUUCACUGAUAGAGCCGUCCCUUGUACCCUUGGCAACUAUGUCAGUUAUGCUGUCGAUGUCCAGGGCGCGGCAGACGUGAGCAACGCUCUCAAGUUUGCCAAGGCCAAUAAUGUCCGUGUCGUUGUUCGCAACACCGGCCAUGACUUCCUUGGUCGAUCCACUGGUGCUGGUGCCCUAGCCAUCUGGACCAACCACCUGAAGUCGAUGGACUUCACCACCUGGUCUGACGAGCACUACUCCGGCCCCGCCGUCAAAGUUGGUGCCGGUGUCCUUGGAUACGAGGUGCUUGAGGCGGCGCACGCCGAGGGACUUGCAGUUGUCUCUGGCGAGUGUGCCACCGUCGGUCUCGCCGGCGGUUUCAUCCAGGGCGGAGGCCACAGCGCUCUAUCCACUGAGUUUGGUCUCGCCGCCGACCAGACGCUUGCGUUCGAAGUUGUCACCGCAGAUGGCGAGACCGUCGUUGCGUCUCCCUCGCAGAACGCAGACCUGUACUGGGCCCUCAGCGGUGGCGGCGGCGGCACCUUCGGCGUCGUCACCGCUGUCACUGUCCGCGCCCACCCGGAAGAGACCGUUGGCGGCGCAGCCUUCCAGCUCCUUGCCGCGAGCACUACGCCCGAGAAGUUCAGCGCUGCCGUCUCCAAGUUCCACGAGCUGCUGCCCGCCAUGACCGACAACGGCGCCAUGGCCGUCUUCCUCCACAAUUCCCAGUUCCUGGCCCUCCGUCCUCUGACCGUCUGGAACUCGACUGCCGCCCAUGUCCGCGAUGUAGUGCUUGCCCCGUUCACCAAGGCGCUGGGGGAGAUGGGCAUUACCCUGGCGGUCGCGUACAGUGAGCUCUCGUACCGCGACCACUACGCCACUUACAUGGGUCCCCUCCCCCAGGGCAACCUCGAGGUGACCCGUUACCAGUUCGGCGGCCGUCUAAUCCCCCGCGAGGUCAUCGAGAACAACAACGAUGCGUACCAAGUGGUCGUCAGAAACCUCACUGCCAACGGCGUUCUCCUCGCCGGCAGCGUUGGCCAGUACAACAAGCCGGCCGGCGCCCCCGACAACUCGGUUCACCCGGCGUGGCGCAAGGCUGUCAUGCAGCUCCAGCUGAUCACCAACUGGGAUGACGCGGCGCCGUGGGCCGACAUGGAGGACUCGCAAAAGCGCAUGACGGAGGAGUUUAUGCCGCUCAUCCAGUCCGUGACGCCCGGGAGCGCCUCGUACAUGAAUGAGGCCGACUUCAGGCAGCCGGACUGGCAGAACGCCUUCUUCGGUGACAACUACGCGAAGUUGCUGACCAUCAAGAAGAAGUAUGACCCCGAGUCGCUCUUCUAUGUGCUCAAGGGCGUGGGAAGCGAGGCGUGGGACGUUGCACCCAAUGGAAAGAUGUGCCGGGUCUAA